AUGUCUGCUCAUUUAAGAGAACAAUUUGCUAAGGCUAAAAGAGAAGAACGUAAUGCUUUAAUCACAUUCAUUACUGCUGGUCAUCCAACCAUUGAAGAUACCGUCCCAAUAAUGAAAGGGUUACAAGAAGGUGGUGUUGAUGUCAUCGAAUUGGGUGUUCCAUUCUCAGAUCCUAUUGCUGAUGGUCCAACUAUUCAAGUUGCAAAUACAACUGCUUUAGAUAAUGGUAUAACCGUUCCAAAGACUUUAGAAUUAUUGAAAUUAGCCAGAAAAGCUGGUGUCACUAUCCCAGUCAUUUUAAUGGGUUACUACAACCCAAUUUUACAAUAUGGGGAAGAACAAUUGAUUAAAGAUGUUAAAGAAGCAGGUGGUAAUGGGUUCAUUGUCGUUGAUUUACCACCAGAAGAAGCUGUUAAAUUCAGAGGUUUCUGCUCUAAGGAAGGUUUAAGUUAUAUUCCAUUAGUUGCUCCAUCUACAACAGAUGAAAGAUUGCAACUUUUAUCAGAAAUUGCUGAUUCAUUCAUAUAUGUCGUUUCAAGAAUGGGUACAACAGGUGCUUUAACAAACAUAAGUACUGGUAUUUCAGAAUUAGUCACUAGAGUUAGAAGAUUCACAGGUGAAACCCCAUUAGCCGUUGGUUUUGGUGUUAGUACAAGAGAACAUUUCUUAAGUGUUGGUUCAGUUUCAGAUGGUGUUGUUAUUGGUAGUAAAUUGAUCACUUUAAUUGGUGAUUCAUUAGAAGGUCAAAGAGGUGAAGUUGCUAAAAAAUUCGUUCAAGGUAUUUUAGAUAACAAAACUUUCCCAGCAAAUGAUCAAGAUAAAGAAAAUUCAAAAGCUUUCCAAGAAGCUCAAAAAGUUGGUGAACCAGUUUUCGAAGAAGAACAUAAAUUUAACCCACGUUUUGGUGACUUUGGUGGUCAAUACGUUCCAGAAGCUUUACACGCUUGUUUACGUGAAUUAGAAAGAGCUUUUGAAAGUGCUGUUGAAGAUCCAAAAUUCUGGGAAGAAUUCAAAUCAUUAUAUUCUUAUAUUGGUCGUCCAUCAAGUUUCCAUAAAGCUGAACGUUUAACUGAACAUGCUGGUGGUGCUCAAAUCUGGUUGAAAAGAGAAGAUUUAAAUCAUACAGGUUCACACAAGAUUAACAAUGCUUUAGCACAAGUUUUGAUUGCUAAAAGAUUAGGUAAAAAGGAAAUCAUUGCAGAAACUGGUGCAGGUCAACAUGGUGUUGCUACUGCUACUGCUUGUGCUAAAUUUGGUUUAAAAUGUAAAGUUUAUAUGGGUGCUGAAGAUGUUCGUCGUCAAGCUUUAAAUGUCUUUAGAAUGAGAAUUUUAGGUGCUGAAGUUGUUAGUGUCACAAAUGGUACAAAAACUUUAAGAGAUGCUACUUCAGAAGCUUUCAGAAACUGGGUUACAAACUUAAGUACUACACAUUAUGUUGUUGGUUCAGCUAUUGGUCCACAUCCAUAUCCAACUUUAGUUCGUACUUUCCAAUCUGUUAUUGGUAAUGAAGCUAAAGAACAAUUUAAAGAAUUAAACAAUGGUAAAUUACCAGAUGCUAUUGUUGCCUGUGUUGGUGGUGGUUCAAAUUCAACUGGUAUUUUCUCACCAUUUGAACAUGAUACAAGUGUUCAAUUAUUAGGUGUUGAAGCUGGAGGUGAUGGUAUUGAUACUGAUUAUCAUUCAGCCACUUUAACAGCAGGUGAACCAGGUGUUUUCCAUGGUGUUAAAACUUAUGUUUUACAAACAAAUGAUGGUCAAAUCCAUGAUACUCAUUCUGUUUCAGCUGGUUUAGAUUAUCCAGGUGUUGGUCCAGAAUUAGCUGCUUGGAAGGCAAGUGGUCGUGCUAAAUUCGUUGCUGCUACUGAUGCUCAAGCUUUACAUGGUUUUAAAUUAUUAUCACAAUUAGAAGGUAUUAUUCCAGCUUUAGAAUCUUCACAUGCAGUUUAUGGUGCUGUUGAAUUAGCUAAAACUAUGAAACCAGAUCAACAUUUAAUAAUAAAUGUUUCAGGUAGAGGUGAUAAAGAUGUUCAAAGUGUUGCUGAAGUUUUACCAAAAUUAGGUCCAAAAAUUGAUUGGGAUUUAAGAUUUGAAACUUUUGAAAGCUAA